GGGAGUAUGUAUAUUUGUGUUUGUUGUCCUUACAUUUCACUUCUACAAACCCCAUUUGCAUCCAAGUCCUCUCUUUUCUGCUCUGGGUUUCCAUCACAAUGACACACUGAUUCAAUAUCUGAUUGCAUCUUAUAAAGAGGGGGUUCGGUUCGAUCUUGUUCUUUUCCUUGCAAUUUCAAUCCGGGUCAAGAAAAAUCGGCUACGAUGGGUGACGUAGCCAAGGACCUAGUUGCUGGGACUGUUGGUGGGGCAGCGCAGUUGAUUGUUGGACACCCCUUUGAUACGAUCAAGGUCAAACUCCAAAGCCAACCCACACCACUCCCAGGUCAACCUCUGAAAUACUCGGGUGCUAUGGAUGCUGUCAGAAAAACGAUAGCAUCAGAAGGCCCAAGUGGUCUGUACAAAGGUAUGGGGGCACCUCUUGCCACUGUGGCAGCCUUUAAUGCUCUCCUAUUUACAGUUAGAGGACAAAUGGAAGCUUUAUUGAGAUCUGAACCUGGUGCGCCUCUGACCGUCAAUCAGCAGAUAAUUGCUGGGGCUGGGGCUGGAGUUGCCGUCUCCUUUUUGGCUUGCCCCACUGAAUUGAUCAAGUGCAGGUUGCAAGCACAGAGUGCUCUAGCAGAUUCUGGUUCAGCUGCCGUGGCAGUGAAGUAUGCAGGACCAAUGGACGUGGCAAGGCAUGUUCUCCGAUCAGAAGGCGGUAUGAGAGGUCUCUUCAAGGGCUUAAUUCCCACUAUGGCACGAGAAGUUCCUGGAAAUGCUGCAAUGUUUGGCGUCUACGAAGCCCUGAAGCAGUACCUUGCGGGAGGGCAAGACACAUCCAAGUUGGGAAGAGGUUCUUUGAUUAUAGCAGGAGGCUUGGCUGGAGCUUCCUUCUGGGUUUCUGUCUACCCAACUGAUGUUGUCAAGAGCGUAAUUCAAGUUGAUGAUCACAAAAAUCCCAAGUUUUCUGGCUCGAUUGAUGCUUUUAGAAAGAUUGUGGCCUCGGAGGGAGUGAAAGGCUUGUACAAGGGUUUUGGACCUGCCAUGGCUCGAAGUGUUCCAGCAAAUGCAGCAUGCUUCUUGGCAUAUGAAGUAACAAGAUCUAGUUUGGGAUGACAAAAUAUUUUGAAUGAAAUUCUAUUUUUUCGAAUAUGUUAAAUCAUGUUCGGUUAAGAUUUCUGCACAAUUCAUUUUUGGAGCCAGAAGAAAGUUUCAUUGACAAAAUAACGUACUUUAAAGUUUCAUUUUCACGUUAAUUAUGCCUUUUGACAUGUAAUGCACGCUCAAGCUGGCGAGUUAUUUCAAAAUAGGAACAAAAAUGGAAGAAGAUUGUGCAUCAGAAAUC